ACUGUAAUUUUUUACAGUUAUACUCGAUCCGUAUAUUUACCCUUUCACUCGCAUUUCCCCAUUUAUUUAACCAAUCAAUCCGGAUAAUGACUAAGAAUAAAUCUCUUCAGCUUCUCAUCAUCCUUUCCGCGGCAAUUUCGCUUCUCGGUGAAUUGCCGGCGACGGAAUCGAGCAAUUACAACCACGACUACUCCGACGCCCUGACCAAAUGCUUGCUGUUCUUCGAGGGGCAGCGUUCCGGCUACUUGCCGGCGGAGCAUAGGAUGAGAUGGCGGGGACAUUCCGGGCUGGGCGAUGGCUGGACGGUCGGCGCGGACCUGACCGGCGGCUACUACGACGCCGGGGACAACGUCAAGUUCGGAUUCCCGAUGGCCUUCACCACCACAAUGCUCGCCUGGAGCGUGAUCGAGUUCGGGCGGUACAUGCCGCCGCCGGAGAUGGAGAAUGCGCUGGUGGCGAUUAAGUGGGCCACCGAUUACCUUCUCAAAACCGUAUCUCAGCCCAACCGCAUUUUCGUACAGGUUGGAGAUCCGGUACUGGACCAUAACUGUUGGGAAAGGCCGGAAGACAUGGACACAGCUCGGACUGUGUACGCCGUCGACGCCCCAAAUCCGGCAUCGGACGUCGCCGGAGAGACAGCCGCCGCUCUGGCGGCUUCAUCCCUAGCAUUCCGGCCGUCGGACCCCGCCUAUGCGGAUACUCUGCUGUCAACAGCCACUCGGGUGUUCACUAUGGCAGACACAUACCGCGGUGCUUAUAGUGACAAUGCUAAUAUCCGCGACGGCGUUUGCCCCUUCUACUGUGAUUUUGAUGGAUACCAGGACGAAUUGUUGUGGGCCGCAGCAUGGCUAAGGAGGGCAACUCAGACUGAUACUUACCUAAACUACUUGCACGACAAUGCCCAAACCCUUGGCGCAACUGACAAUAUUAUUAACGAAUUUGGUUGGGACAACAAGUACGCUGCUCUCAACGUCCUCGUCUCUAAGGAAGUGUUGGAAGGGAAUGUAUACUCCCUUCAAUCCUAUAGAGCCUCCGCGGAUAGCUUCAUGUGCACGUUGAUCCCGGAAACGCCAUCUAGCCACGUAGAAUACACGCCGGGAGGGCUUAUUUACAAGCUUGGAGGCAGCAACCUGCAACAUGCGACAUUACUCAGUCUCAUGUUGCUGGUUUAUGCCUCCUCCUUGGAACGGUCUCCCCAUUCGACUGCCGUCAGCUGCGGGGGCGCCAGUGUUGGCCCCGCCGCGCUGAGGCAAGUCGCCAAGAGGCAGGUCGACUACAUCUUGGGCGACAACCCGAAGGGAAUGUCGUACAUGGUGGGGUACAGUUACUACUUUCCCCAGAGAAUCCACCACCGCGGCUCAUCCCUUCCUUCGGUCAAGGACCACCCGCAGAUGAUCGCGUGCAAGGAGGGGUCCGCUUACUUCAACUCGUCCAGUCCGAACCCGAACUUGUUGGUCGGGGCGGUCGUGGGUGGCCCCGGGGAGUACGACGAAUACGACGACAACCGCGGCGAUUUUCAAAAGUCGGAGCCGACGACUUAUAUCAAUGCACCGUUUGUCGGUGCACUUGCCUACUUCGUCGCUUAUCCGAGCUAGCUAGCUAGCUAUCUCGGGUAGUACUCCAUAUAUUAUGAUGUCAUAUGGAGUAUGUAUGUAUAUAUCAUAUCCAGUUCAUGAUUCAAUUGCUGAUUGAAUAGGGAAAUGCUACUUAAACUUCAGGCCGGGAAGAUACCAUUAGAUCAAAGAAAGACGAUUAGACACUGAGAGUAAUUGUGUAUGGAGUAUAUGAUACACUAAUGAAUGAUGUUAAAAUUG